CACCACACCUGGGAUUGUUAUUCAAUACCAGCAGUGCCCUGCAAUCCACUUCCCAGCCCCAACCCAGUUACUCAGUCCGAUACGCCGGGUUUAUUUAUCCUUUCUGACCUUCCCACUUCGGUUGUGGAGCUUACGUUGCUGUAUCGGGAACCACCGUCGUCGUUGCGCCCCGCCCCGCGUUAUGUCGCCCUUCGGGCGGAAGAAGCCUAGCGAGGAGGCUUCCUCGAGCUCUGAAAAGCGGCCCAGUCGCUUGAAAUUCUGGCACAAACCGAAACUGGGCGGUCCAGGCAAGGCCGCGCCUGCCAAGGAUAACUACGAACUAGACAAUGGGAUCAUCAUUCCCGAACCCUCUAGUUCGUUUCGAGUUACCGACGAACCCAAGUUACCGAGUGCUCCAAGGCCAGCACCUCCCGAAUUGUCCCCAACGAGCAAUAACAAGGAUGGCGGAACGACGGCGACGAACUCGGAAUCUUUGUGGGAUCUGGCGUACGAAGCCCUUCGGAAAGAGAAGCCAGAAGUAGUGCAGGCUUACGAGGAACUGCUGUCCAAGAUGUCGUUUUACCUAGCGAACACAUCUUCCACGACCGACCUAAACGACGUCCUAUCCAAAGCGUCCAAUGAUCCUACAAACACGCCCCUUGCUUCCAACACCAAAACAGCAGAACGCGAAGCACAAAGCGUUAUAAAUCCACAGAAGACGAUGUCGGAUGUCAUCGACCUGGGCCUAAAACACAUGGAAGGGAAGCAAAUUGCCUUCAAGAUCGGACAGCAGAAGUUCGUGCUCCAAGAUCAAAUGCAGCAUGUUGUCGCCGGCAUCCAGCUAGGAAAGGACUGGAUUGAUGAUGCAGUGCAGGCCAGUCCGCUGGCAGGCGCGGCUUGGGCCGGCGUUUGCUUGCUUUUGCCCCUCCUAACCAACCCAAGCGAAGUGCAAAGAGCCAACGAAGAGGGCCUCGCCUACGUCAACCAAAAAAUCCGGUACUACACAGCCAUGGAGUCGCUUUCCCUACGCGGGGAGGACGAUGAUGUGGAGCGGGUGUACCGAAGCCGUCUCGUCGAGCUCUAUCAGGCGAUUAUAGACUUCCAAGCCCAGAGUGUUUUGCGGUUCUUCAGGCGCAGAUUCGCCAACUUCCUGAGAGAUGCUGUGAAAUGGGAUUCAUGGGAGGACAUGCUCGAAAAGAUCAAAGAGCUGGGACGCAAUGUCGAGAAUGAAUCCCUGCAGAUCAAUGCCGCUUCGAGCAGAGCAGCACUGGGCAAGCUUGUUCAGUGGGCGAAGGAGUCGGAGGAAGAUAAGUGCCUGCAGAGCUUGAGGCGUGGAGACUAUGCUUGGUACAAAGACCGCGUCCAAGACCGCGUGUCAGAUACGUGUCUUUGGUUCCUGAACCACGACAGCUACCAGUCUUGGUUGACAGCCGAUUCUGGUCCACUGCUAGUUUCGGCCGAUCCAGGGUGUGGCAAGUCCGUCCUCGCCAGAUAUCUUAUCGACUCCAGGCUCGGCUUCAGAUUGCCCAAGAACGCUGCGAUAUGCUACUUCUUCUUCAAGGACCAGGACCAAAACACAAUCGAAUUGGCUCUCUGUGCCCUAGUCCAUCAACUGCUUUGCCUGCGCCCCAAGUUGAUGCGCCAUGCCCUGCCCAGGUACAAGCAGGACGGAGCGGGGCUCGCCAACAAUGUUACCGCGCUCUGGGAUAUCCUCGAGAGCGCCACCGCAGAUCCCGAAGCCGGAACCGUCGUCAUUGUCCUCGACGCCCUGGACGAGUGCCUUCAAAACGAACAUAACAUGGAGACCUUGUCACGGUACAUCCAUGGCCAUUUCGGAAAACGUCCAGGAAACCUGAAGAUCCUCAUGACUAGUCGGCCUUAUGAAGGUACGAUCCAGCACAUUCAGGACCUCGAGAAGUCAUUUCCCAACAUCCGAAUCAAGGGCGAAGAUGACUCGGAAAUCAUUCGCGAAGAGAUCAAUUCGGUCAUCGGGUACCGAGUUAGCCGGAUGGACAAGUUUAGUGACGAACUCAAGACACACAUCAGAGCCCGUCUUAUGAGCAUCACUCACCGCACAUACCUCUGGCUGUACCUCGUAUUCGAGCAUUUGAAGCGCCCCGAUGUCAAACAGACCGUUUUAGGACUUGACAGAUCGUUACUUAAAGAUCUGCCCAAGACGGUGGACGAGGCGUACGAGAAGAUCCUGAGCCGAUCCACCGCGCCACAGCAAACCCGAAAGGCCAUCCUAAUCCUCCUCGGCGCAUACCGCCCUCUCAAGCUUCACGAGGUGCAGAUCGCAGUCGAGCUGGCCCCGGACGCUGCCUGCCCGGGAAGCCUUGAUCUGGAACCCGACCAAAAAUUCAAGCAGCGUCUCCGAGCGUGGUGUGGGCUGUUCGUCACGGUGCAUGACGACAAGGUCUACUUCCUCCAUCAAACGGCGAGGGAGUUUCUCCUCCCUCUCGCUAUGUCCUUGCCGGGCCCGACUACUCUCACAAAAUGGGCGCAUACGUUCAGCAUUCGCCAAGCACACGAGGCUCUUGCGGAAUCUUGCACGGUCUAUCUUGACCUCCGAACGGAUGUAAACAUGGAAGCCGACUUCUUAGAUUAUUCUGCCAAAAAUUGGGGUGCUCAUUUCCGCGAGGCUAGUAUCGUCGAUGGUGCUGCUAUUAUACCUUUCGCCUUAAGGGUUUGUGAUCCAAAUUCGAAGUGCCAUUCGGCGUGGUUCGAUAUCUAUUGGCAGUCAGAGAUGCGGAGCUCCUACGGCAAUUUUACAAAUCUUAUCAUAGCGUCGCAUUUUGGGCACGAGGCCGUGGUCAAGCUGCUGCUCGAUACAGGCAAGGUCGACGUCGACAGCAAGGACAAGUACGGGCAGACGCCGCUGUGGUGGGCCGCGGCGCACGGGCACGAGGCCGUGGUCAAGCUGCUGCUCGAUACAGGCAAGGUCGACGUCGACAGCAGGGACAACGACGGGCAGACGCCGCUGUGGUGGGCCGCGGCGCACGGGCACGAGGCCGUGGUCAAGCUGCUGCUCGGCACAGGCAAGGUCGACGUCGACAGCAAGGACAAGUACGAGCGGACGCCGCUGUCGUGGGCCGCGGCGCACGGGCACGAGGCCGUGGUCAAGCUGCUGUCGAAGGAUGGGGACGGACUCGUUGCGAAACUUCUCAAAUAAUGACUUUACCACCUCCCCACCCACCACCUAUUACCUGCCCUUACUUAUAUACCUAAAACGUGGCAAAUAGAUGGCCUAAGAAUAUGAAAGAACGUUACUAAGCCAA